AUGGACACUGCAGAGAGCGGCGACGCAACACGCCUCGCCCGCAAGCGUAUCCGCGACCGCCGCGCCAAGCAGGCUGCUCGCCAGCGCUUCCUCGACGAGUGUAGUGCGCUGCAGUCGUCGAUUGCGAGCCUCUCGGCAUCGCUCGCGGCGCGGCAAUCAGCCCGCCCCUCCUCCGCGCACCUUUUGAGCUGGCGCGAGGUUGCAUCGUCGCUUGCUAAGGCCAAGGACAAGAGCGUUGCGGCGCAGCACGAUCUUCGCCUUCGCGUGACGCAGCUAAGGCGUCUCUCACAGAGUCUCCAGACGUGGCUCUUGUCGCUGGCCGUCAUUCCCAAGCCGCCAAAUUCGCCUGCGUUUGCGUGGAAGGACGUGCACUUGUCGUCGGACGCGGCGUUGCGGUCGGUGGCGCUCGAUUGGAUCGCCAAACAAAUGCUGCACGCGACGCCGCACCAAGUGCCCGACGCCCUCUUCCCAAGCGACCUCGAGGAUGCCGUGCACGGCGCGACUCUCCUCGAGGCGGCGACGGCCGGAUGGGCGUUUAGCCAAGCGUUGCCGACAAUCAUACACGAAUCGCGCGGAGGCAUUUCGACGCUCCACCACUCUGCGACGUCGCAUGGACGCUUCUGCUACAACCGCGAAGAAUUUCCAAGCCGCGUCUCGAACGGCUUGUAUACGUGCUUUCUCGAGCCCGAUCGCGCCGUGACGCACUAUCGGACGAUUCGCUAUGAUGACGCGUCGCCCAUCGCCGCGUCCGCCGCCAUGUUGGAGGACGUUCAGGAAUGGAAUGUGAUUCGGCGCGUGUCACCGACAAAAUGCUUCAUCCGAUCCGCCCACGUGUACCAGCCGUACACCCACCACGCCUCCAUGGUUUCGUAUGCUGACGAGAUCACACCGGGCUUGGCUGAGUCGUUGGCGCCGAAACAAGGGACCGAAUUGGAAGAUGCGAUUGCGAACCGAUUUGUGGCCGAUACGUGCUCGAUGAUGGAGGGUAUGGGUGGUAUGUUUCGCAAGCUACUGCGCCAUGUCCAAGCCAACCCGGACGCGUAUCCACGGCCAUACGAAGUAGACCGCGGAGCGCUUUGA